AUGGUUGCAGCCAUCAGCCAAGAGGGCGAGGCUGAGGUCAGAAGAUUGCAGAUAACUGUUACAGAAUUCAAUCAAUUUGCCCCUCAGUUUGAAAAAGAAGUUUACUACGGUGGCUUGCACGUGAAUACCCAGGUGGAUACUCCCGUCUUGAGUGUUCGUGCGUACGAUGACGAUCCCGUACCUUACAACGCCGAGGUGUACUACAGAAUGCACCAGAAUGCUUCCGGUUCUUCCUUUGCUGUAAACCCAACAACUGGACAACUAACCUUAAUUCAACCCCUUCAGUUGUCUUCACAAUCCCUAAAAUUUGGGGUUUUCGCUGAGGAUGGUGGCUCCCCCAAGCGAUGGGCACAGACAAACAUAGAGAUUGCUGUGAAAACUAUAUCUGAAAUGAUAGUCCAUAGGCCAGCAUUGCGCAACGCACGACUAGGGGAAUGCGCGGAGAGUCAGAAGAAGGUGGGCCAUAAUUAUAUACCGGUUAAUCACGACACAGUACAGUACCUCGUUGCUCCACGUGAUCUCAUCUCACACGACACAGUACAGUACCUCGUUGCUCCACGUGAUCUCAUCUCACACGACACAGUACAGUACCUCGUUGCUCCACGUGAUCUCAUCUCACACGACACAGUACAGUACCUCGUUGCUCCACGUGAUCUCAUCUCACACGACACAGUACAGUAUCUCGUUGCUCCACGUGAUCUCAUCUCAGUUAGCGACGAACCAGUAACUGUGACGAGCGUGCGGCACAACAGAACAGUGAAGAAAAAGACUGCUACUGGGAUAUCAGUUUGCCAGAUCAAUAUUUGUCAGAAUGGAAUCUGCCAUGUUAUCAACGAUGAUCCGGGAUGUGAGUGUCACGCCGGCUACUAUGGAGACACUUGCGAUCAAUUUGAUCCCUGUUCUGCAAGUCCGUGCGAAAAUUUAGGGACGUGUCACCACAUUGGCCAUAAUCAAUACUCUUGCGAAUGUCCUCCUGGUUUCUCGGACCAGAACUGUACUCGUUUCAAUCCCUGUGCCAUCCAUCCGUCACCAUGUGUGAACGGAGGAACCUGUAAUAGUAGUGCUAGCCAUUCGUACCAUUGCAGCUGUCCACCUGGAUAUAUCGGUCAGACCUGUCAGACAUUCGACCCUUGCUUUUCUCACCCUUGUCUGAACGGAGGUGCUUGCACGAAUACAUCCGCCCAGUUCUCUUGUGAAUGUGAACCAGGAUACGAAGGAUCAUUAUGUGAAAUAGAGGUAAACGAGUGCGACUCUAGUCCUUGCCUGAAUGGCGGCCAUUGUAUUGACGAUUUGAACUCGUUUAGAUGCAACUGCUCAGUCGGUUACAGUGGCAAGAGAUGUGAACUACCAGCUAAAUGCCCUAACAAACUUCAAAUGACUAAAGAGGGAGUGUUCCACUGGAAUGCCACUAGCCACGGACAAAAAAUAGACAAGCCUUGUCCUUAUGGAUCUAUCUAUUCUAGCAGAAAAGGUUUUGCCAGGAAGCGUUGCAAACUCCUGAGUAACGGAAACGUUGCUUGGGGCAACACUGUCAUCAGAAAUUGUAGGGAAGAGGGAUUCCGAGCAGCAGAACAGUUGACUGAUGAGUUAGAAUCUUGGACACAAGAACCCAACAACUUGAGCACUGAAAUUCUUCAAGAAGCAACAAGACAAAUUAAGGAUGUUGUAGCAUAUGCUGUCUAUGACCAGAAAAUCGCCCAGAGUAUGUUGGGCGUGAUAAGCAACAUGCUUGCAGUAAACGAAAGUGUUUUAGAAGAAGGGGACACAAACGGGACAACUUCUACAGAAAUCGUUCAAAUCGUAGACAAGUUUGCAUCAGGAGUGAAGCUUAAGACGGGUGAAAGGAUCACGCUGGAGACAGAAAAUAUAGCUCUGUCAGUGUUAGCCUGGGAUCCUACUGAAAAGGAUAGAGAUGGUGUGACUUAUGUUCCCAAACAUCCAGCUAAGAAACAAAGAAACGGUGAAAGUGAAGAAGAUGAUGUGACCUCAAUAUCGAUUCCACUAGAAGCGUUGGAAUUAGCUGAGAGCCAACGAGAUGGUGAAAUCAGAGUAAAAUUCGUGGCCUAUACGAAUGAUAAGUUCUUUCGCAGAAAGAAAAACAAACGCGAAGAAGAGAAUUAUGAGGAUUUUCAGAGAGUUGAAGAAGACGAUCCAAAACUUUACGAACGUAAAGUUCUUCAAGCAAGUGUGGAUAACGUCACUUUAGUAAACCUAACUGAGCCAGUGGUAUACACGGUACCGCUACCAGAUCGCCCUAUCGGCCGCCCUCUGUGUGUGUACUGGAAGACUAUCGAACGGAUCUGGUCCACCGAAGGGUUAACCACCAAUCAAACGGGUAAUAUCACUGUGUGCAACUCCAACCAUAUGACCGCCUUCUCUGUUCUUCUGGAUCCUAUGCCCGACCUUAGCAUUCCUGAUCAACACCAGGAAGCGCUCUCAAUAAUAACUUACCUUGGGUGUGCCGUAUCAAUAUUUGGUCUCAUCUUGACAAUUAUAACUUACUCCAUGUUCAGAUGUUUAAACAGAGAUCACUCCGGGAAGAUCUUACUGAAUCUGUGUUUAUCCAUGUUUUUGAUGAACACGUCGUUUCUGGCCGGCUCACAGCGAGGAUUGUGGAUAGGGGGCGUAGAUGUCUGCGUGGGAGUGGCGGUCUUAAUUCAUUAUUUCUUGCUGACGUCACUUGCUUGGAUGUGUGUAGAAGCCAUCAACAUGUAUCAUAUGCUUAUCUACGUGUUCGCUUCAACGGAGACGCAUUUUAUGCUAAAGAGGUGUUUGGUGGCGUGGGGUGUCCCAUUUUUGAUUGUUGGGGUGACGAUUGGAGUCAAUUUUAACGAAUAUAGCUACAGAAAUGAGUUUUGUAUGCUGUCUCCAGCCAAUCCAUACAUCUAUUAUCUUUCCUUCUUGGGACCAUCUUGCCUUAUUCUUCUCGUCAAUCUUACAAUUUUCGUCCUCGUGACACGAGUGCUGUUUACUCCUCGCAUGACUGCCAGGGCCGGGAUCAACUACCUUCAGAAUUCCAACGUCGUCACCAUUGCCCAAGUUCGAGGAGCUUUCACUGUCAUGACUCUCUUGGGUGUCACUUGGGUGUUUGGAGCUUUUGCUGUAGGGAAGGCUAAACUAGUGUUUCAAUAUGUCUUCUGCAUAGCUAACUCUCUUCAAGGGUUCUUAAUAUUCGUUGUACGCUGUCUUCAGUAUCCAGAAGCCAAAAGUGCAUGGCUGCAAUUGAUUAAAACCGGAACACUGAAGAAAUAUCGCGGACUGGUCCCACCUGGAGGAUCCUGGUAUGCCAAUUCCAACUCAAAUCAAAAACAAAAUGGUCAUAAGCUUACUAAUCGUAUGCUAAGUAACACAAGUACAGAUACAACCAGUACGGUAGUUUUCAACAGUAACUUCUGGAGUCGUUCGUCCAACAAAAGUGACUCCCAUCGAAUUCUAGGUAGUGGUAACACUUGUAUAUCUAGACUUUCCAGUCGAAAUAAGACCUUGAAAGACACGAAUGUACAGAAAGAAGAGAAGGUUCACAAGAAAGUCGAAAAAUUGGACUCGGUAAAAUCUCUCAGCGACAAGAACUCCCUCAUGUUGAACGAGGUAAGCAACAAAACAGUGCUAGAUUCGAUCUUGGAAGAUGAAAAUGAUAAAAACGGAAUGAAAAUCUCAUCUCCUUUUGGCUGCAACGAAAACGGAGUUCCUCUGGAAUCAAUUGGUUUUAUUGACGAAGAUGAAUCGAGUAGACACGAAGAAGAAAGAAUUUCACUUACAGAGCCAUCUGGUGAUGAAAGUGGGUAUCAGUCCUCUUCUCCUGAAUCUCAAACCAUUAGACAACGUGGCUACAGCAGUCUGGAUGAAUCUGGACGGACGCCAUUAUCUUCUAAAGGAUUUAGGUUGUCCAGAAAACCCAAAGAUUGUGAAUAUAAACCAGUAGUCACUUCACAAAAUUGCAAUAAACAAUCUUUGUUGACACCUUUUAAGAAAGCAAGACAUCAACGACCUUCAAAUAAAGAACAAGCUGACCAAACUGUGAAUCUCUUGGAAACACGAAAAAGUGAAACUACAAAUACUCCAGAAAAAGCCAUGAAAGAUCAACUCAUCUUUUCGCCAAUGAAGUCUUGUAAUGUAGAACUAAUGUAAAAAUUUACGUUCGCUAAACCAUACGUUGUUUUAGACUGAGAACUCUAAUACAGACAUCAUAUUCUUACUUGCAAAAGAUGUAUUGGAUUUCGAUAUAAACGUUGUCAACUUUUCUAGACAGAAGAACCUGAACGUUCGGACUGUACCAACAUCAAUGUGACUUGAAUAUCUUAACUGAGAUGGCUUCACAUUUUAAUCAGAUCACUUUAGGUGACCAGCGACAUGGGGAGUUAGUUGGUUCUGAACACUUAAAGAUAGAAGAGUUAUCAGUGUGUGUAUUGUGUCAGUAAAGGGGGUGAAGAAGUAUCUCAUAUUUUAUUAGCAUGCGUGUUUACGUCUUAGUUGCAAUGCAUGACAAUAACGUAUUUUAUAGAGUAGGUUAACAGUAUGUAGAAACGACUAUUUUCUUUGCGAAAAGAGUGCUGUUAACAAGACUUUUUGAAACUUCUCACCCACUCAGACGUGUAGUUUGAGAUUUAGAAUUGUUCAUUCCAAAAUCUCGAAAAUAUGAUCAUUACAGAAACAUUUAAGGAGUUUGUAUUGUGGAGACUGUCAUGAACUUCAUGCUUAUAUUUCAUGACGUCAUCACAGACAUGUCAAAUAAUUUCGUAGUUAGUAAGCAAGCAACAUGCCCAAUGAAUUAAACUAUUUGUACAUUUCCUAUGAUCAAUUUCACAUGUCCGCGUCCUGCGAUAUUUUUUUUUCCUUAAUUCGAAAGAGAAUCGUUUAUCUUAUUCGCAUGUAGCAGAAACAAGCUGGCCUUGACAACGUGUAAGAAAUGCCUUCACAAAUUUUUGCCAACUCCUAGUAUUAGGAACAAAACUGUAGUUAAUGCUUUACAGUUAAUGUUGUUGUUUUUUUAUUGAAAUUCUGCUAUUCAUAUUUUAUCGUUAAAUUUGAAAUUUCAGUAUUUUGUAUUUCAAACUCCGAAAGGGAGUAGUUUAGUCAAUAGAAAUACACACAACACCAAAAAAUAUUCCAACUUCUUUUUGGUUUCAAAGUCUACGUUCUGGAACAAUGACAGCACGUCAUCUUGUGCUAUAUUAGUAAAACAUUAGCUUGGUAUCAUUAAACAAGAUGGCCUGCUGGGUAAGAUUAUUACUCCCCCCCCCCAGUACAUAUAUAUGUGUAUUGUCGAUAUGCUUCAAUACGUAUAUUGAUUACUAGUCACGAUUUGUGUAGGAUUUUAAUUAAGAUUGAACUUUUAUUCAAAGCAAUGUAACAAAAACUCGUGAAUCGGUGGGUCAGUGAAAAGGUGACAGACUUAUAACACUAAAUUCCGGGGCUCGACUCCCCCCAGUGAACAGAGCUCACUGAGAUAACUCACUGUAUGGCAUUACGCUAAAACAAACUUCCCCUCACCACUACACAUAAAAAAAACUUUAAGAUUUUUGACUUCUUUAAAGCCGUAUUUCUCCAUGUCCCACCGCUAAAAUGACAGUCAAUCUGUUGUAGUCUUGAAAUGAUAAAAAAUCAACAUGAAAACAGCAGCUAUCUCAUUUUCACAAAAUUGCAACUAAAUAUAAAGAGUAAUUUGUAUAGAGCAUCAUGAUUAACAUAACACUGACUCAAAUGUCAUCGUUUGUGCAAUAGUUUAAACUGUGAAUUUAUUGGGUAUUCUCUCUGCAAUGUGUGAAAGGAAGACAUAAACGCUACUCUUCAUUUAUGUUAUAUGACGAUAUUCUUUAUUCCUGUAACGAGAUGGACACUGUUCUUUAUUCCUGUCAUAUGUAGGUACGAGAUGGACACUGUUCUUUAUUCCUGUCAUAUGUCGGUACGAGAUGGACACUGUUUUUUAUUCCUGUCAUAUGUAGUUACGAGAUGGACACUGUUCUUUAUUCCUGUCAUAUGUUUGUACGAGAUGGACAUUGUUCUUUAUCCCUGUCAUAUGUAGGUACGAGAUGGACACUGUUUUUAUCCCUGUCAUAUGUUUGUACGAGAUGGACACUGUUUUUUUCCUGUCAUAUGUCGGUACGAGAUGGACAUUGUUUUUUAUCCCUGUCAUAUGUUUGUACGAGAUGAACUGUUCUUUAUUUCUGUUAUAUGUUUGUACGAGAUGAACCCUGUUCUUUAUUCCUGACAUAUGUUUGUACGAGAUGGAGACUGUUCUUUAUUUCUGUCAUAUGUCGGUAUGAGAUGGACACUGUUUUUUAUUCCUGUCAUAUGUUUGUACGAGAUGAACCCUGUUCUUUAUUCCUGUCAUAUGUCGGUACGGGAUGGACACUGUUCUUUAUUCCUGACAUAUGUUUGUACGAG